GAGAUACAGAGAUCCAGCCGUAGGAGGAGAAGAGAUUGUAAGACCCAGGCAGGAAGGCAGCCUGUGCGUCAGCCGGUGCUCCAUAGGGAAACAUGGAGACGAGCAGGAGAUGCUGAAGAGGACAGAACACACCAAAACAGGAUCAUAUAGAUGGAUGUUAUUUCAUCAAGUAGGCAACCUGAAGGCAACCCAUGCAAAGGAUAAACCACUUAUGGACGCAGUGGAUUAAAGAUCUGCAGACAGACUGAGAGAGAGGGAACAGAGGAGAAGAAAUUAAUCAAUUCAGUUGUUUAUUUUCGUUGUCUGUGUGUGUGCGCACCGGCAGUCAGAAAGUGUGUGCGUGUGUGUGCCUUUGUGUAGUGUGUUGGUGCAUAAGGCAGGAGACUGCAUUGCUGCUAUCCAGCAAGACAGGACAGACAAAAAAAGAAGGCAGCCUAGCAGAUUACCUUUUCUGUUUUCCCCCAUUCUUUCGUCUCUGCCUCUGUCUAUGCUUGUGUGUGUUCCUUUGCUUCCUUCACCAGGCGCUGUGUGUGUGUGUGUGUGUGUGUGUGUGUGUGUGACUGGGGGGGGCUGAGAAUAAGAAGAGGAUGGUGAACCCUGAAGUGAGCUACAGAUUCUGAGUCUGACUUUAAAUGGUCUUUUUUUUUUGUCUGAUCAUUAGCAGCGGUCUCGGAGAAAUAACAAUUGAUGAGGAGGAGAGUCUUUCUCUUUCUUUCUUUUUUCUCCAUCACUCAACAUGUCACUGCUCCAGUUUGGGCCUUGGUGCUGAUCAGUGAGCCAAAGGGUGGCUUCUAUGCCAGUGGGUUGGAGGUUUGAAAGGCUGCCAUCGGGGGAGACUUCUCAGCUCUACACUCCAGAGAGGUGUAGGCAUCAUCAGGUAGGAGGCGGCUGAACGCGGGGGACUGAGUGGAAAGCAGGAGAGGAGUAGGAGGAAGAGUUGUGUGUCGUAGGCUGUGUAGGCUGACCAUGGCAGGCUGGUGGAGCUGCCUGAUGGUUUAAACUCCUGCUGAGAGAGGAUAAUGGCAGCUCUGGGCCCACUCUCCUCCUCUCUCACCUGCAUCUGCCAUGGAGAAGCAGGAAAGUGCUAGCCGAUGCUACAAAGAGCCCACCAAGAGGAUGGAGUGAACAGCAUCACCCUUUCCCACCACGCCGGGAGACCCCUGACACCCUGUGAGGGGCCAAGUUUUGUUGUUCACCUUGUUUCUCCUUCCUCUUCCCCAAACCAGCUGAAAACAAGGGGUGCUUGAUUUGUGUGGGAGUUCUCUCCUUCUUCCUCCCACUCUCUCCUCCUCACCCCUAACCUCACCUACCUCCAAACUCCGCUCCAUGGAUUGGUUCUAGCACCAACCUGUCCUUCUUUUUCCUCCCUUUUUUUUCUUUUUCUUUUCUUUUUCUUUUUGUCGAGGCUUCAGGGGAAUUGCCAAGACCUGUUUCAUGCAUGUCCACUGGCGGCAGGUUCAACUUUGACGAUGGGGGGUCAUACUGCGGAGGGUGGGAGGAGGGCAAGGCGCACGGCCAUGGGAUCUGCACGGGACCCAAGGGACAGGGCGAGUAUUGCGGGUCCUGGGCCCAUGGCUUUGAGCUGCUGGGUGUCUACACUUGGCCCAGCGGGAACACCUACCAGGGCACCUGGGCUCAGGGCAAGAGACACGGUGUGGGCGUCGAGAAUAAAGGCCGCUGGGUGUACAAGGGCGAGUGGACGCAUGGCUUUAAGGGACGCUACGGUCUGCGGGAGAGCACAGGGACAAGCGGGAAGUACGAGGGGACAUGGAACAACGGGCUGCAGGACGGAUAUGGAACAGAGACGUACUCAGAUGGAGGGACAUUUCAGGGCCAGUGGGUUGGCGGAAUGCGACAUGGCUACGGAGUUCGUCAAAGUGUCCCGUACGGCAUGGCGGCCGUCAUCCGCUCUCCGCUCCGUACCUCCAUAAACUCUCUACGCUCCGGUUCGGAGCACAGCAAUGGUACAGCUCUGCUGGACCGGACCGGGGCGGUGGUUCCUGGUCCUUCUCCUGUUCCUGGCACUCUGACCACCAGCGUCUCCAUGUGCAGUACAGGCAGCAGUGGCAGCAGCCCCGCUGUGUCUCGUGGAGGUUUUGUGCUGACGGCACAUAGCGAGGCUGAGCUACUGAAGGGGAAGAGAAAAGGCGGGCUGUUCCGGAGGUCAAUCCUGUCUGGGCUCAAGCUGAGGAAGUCUGAGUCCAGGAGCUCUCUGGCCUCCCAGAGGUCUAAACAGAGCUCAUUCAGGAGCGAGGCUGGAAUGAGUACUGUGUCCUCUGCUGCUUCUGAUAUCAACUCUACUAUCAGUCUCGGAGAUGCAGAUGCAGAGUUGGCGGUCGCUGACGACGAUGUGGACGCCACGGCAACAGAGACAUACUGCGGGGAGUGGAAGAACGACAAGCGGACAGGGUUCGGUGUGAGUCGACGGUCCGACGGGCUGCAGUACGAGGGGGAGUGGCUGAGCAACAAACGCCACGGCUACGGCUGCACCACGUUUCCUGAUGGCACAAAGGAGGAAGGGAAAUACAAACAGAACAUCCUAGUGAGCGGCAAAAGGAAGAACUUGAUCCCCCUCCGGGCCAGUAAGAUCAGGGAGAAGGUGGACCGAGCUGUGGAGGGAGCGCAGAAGGCAGCCGACAUCGCCCGGCAGAAGGCUGAGAUUGCUCUGUCCAGGACGGCUCAUGCACAGGGUAAAGCGGAGGCAGCGGUAGGAGCAGCUCAGAAAGCCCAGGAGGAGAGUCGCAUGGCGAGGGUCACCGCCAAGCAGUUCUCCCUCUUCCAGCACCCAGGAAAUGGCAUGGAGGUGCAGCGUCCCAAACGUCAGGUGUCCAGCGAGGUGGAGGGAGAGGGGCUGUCGAGUAGCGCCGGCACUGCAGACAGCCCCGACCUCUAUGUAAAGAGCACAGGCUCUGAUGAACCUUCUAACGAAGCUGCCACCCCUGACCUCAGUCCUCCUUCCUCCUCACCGCCCCACACGCCGCCUCCCCCCGCCCGGCCGUCCCAGCGCAGCAAGAGUGCCCGCUUCCACCGGCAGACCGCCGUAGACCACGGGGAUAGGGGGAAGGAUGGAGGAGAAAGGGGUGAGAAAGGUGGGGGAGGAGGGCAGACUGAGAUCCAGGUGUUGAUGGAGGGAGGAAGCGGGGGAGGUGAAGGCGGAGGAGGACGGAAGGGGGAGUACCCACGGGCCAACAGCUGGAGCGAGGACAAGAGGAUAGGGAUGCUGUCAAAAGUAGGAGCUGGAGUCAGUGGACGAGGAGCGAGCCGGACCAAUGGACACAAACACGGCUCAUCGAAUCACAAGUCCCGGGAGCACGGAUCAUCCAAUCACAGACAGGCCAGAGGGGACAGGUGGACAGAGUCAUCCUCGUCUGCCUCUUGGAAGUCCGGGCACAGGGGCGCGCACGGCAGGGGUGGUCGGCUGCUGGAGCAGGAUGAGGAGAAAAUUAGCAAUUAUGAGAUGGAGAUGAAGCCUUUACAGCCCAGAGACUCCACUACCCACAAGCCCCAUGGGCACGUGGAGGAGAGGCACGGGCACAGUCAUGCUCACGGAGAGGGGCACUCGCACACCGUGCAACGACAGAGGCAUAAGAACCGCGAUGGGAGGGAGGGGAGGGAAGGAAGGGAGGGCAAAGAGGGGAGGGAAGGGGGUAAAGACUCAGUGCACAAGCUGGACAGACCGGGGGAAAAGAUGGAUUCACGGCCUCUACGGCGAGACCUCACCCUCUCCCCCCCUCUGAAGUCCUCCCCGAUCACACCGGAGCAGCAGGACCACAGCAUCAUGCAGAACAAAGGCAACUCGGCCUACAGCUCUAUCCUGGUUGUCAUGGUGAUUCUGCUCAACAUUGGAGUGGCUAUUUUGUUUAUCCACUUUUUUAUUUAAAGACAGCAACGCUUUCAGAGUCAGCCUAUCUAUGCUACAACAACUAUAAAUUCAUAUGAGUAUUACGACCAAUCUGCUGCCCUUUCGUGUUCCUGGCGAGAGGACUGCAGCCCGACUGAAAGAAGACUACGACCAAGGAGGGCUCCGCCAUCAUUUGGGCUGAAGGUGUCUAACCCGGGCUAACCUCCACUAAGCUUGGUCCAGUCUUUGUGAAAGAGAUGCUGAAGUGCGUAGCCCAAAGACGGGGACAAAAGAAUGGUAAAGCAGUCCAGGUAACUGGACAACAAAGAGAUAAUAUAGUUCAGAAACUGGACUUAAAUGACUUCAAUAGUUCACAUAUAAACUCAAAUGGGCUGAACUGGUCUGGUCCCCAGGCCAUGCGAGCUGCAGCUGGCAUUACAGCGAGAUGUCUGCUUCCACUGCCUGCAGACAGGACUGACGAGACAGACUUUUUCAUCUUCAAAUCAUAGUUUUCAACAGAUUUGUAACUUAUAAUUUAUUUAUUAACAUGUUCUCUCAUGUACACUAUGUUGAUGGAUAUAUUCUUUCUUUUGUAACCCUCCACCCCUCUUUAUAUAACUCCUGCCUUUUGGUUCCUUCGCCUGCCCAGGUGUUGUUACUGAUGGUUCAAGCUGCGCGUUCAUGUGUGUGAGAGUCUAUGUAAGACUCAGGAGCUGACGAGUGUGUGUGUGUGUAUGUGUGUGCUGCCUGGAUGCAUGGUUGAUGGCUCCCUGACCACACACACACACACACACACACACACACACACACACACACACACACACACAUUCACCCGCCCCUCUGAUGUCUGUCUUCUCUCAUUCUUCAUCUCAUGCCGGCACUGAGUAAGUUUGUGUGUGCGUGUCAACGAGUGAGUGCAUGUGUCUCUGCAAACUGUAUGUUUGCGGUGAACGUGUAAAUGUUUUUUUGUGGGGAAUGUGAGCAUGUUUGUGUGUAUCAAGCUGCCAUGUCUUUUCCAGCAAUGUGUGUGUGUGUGUGUGUGUCUGUGCGUGGUCUACAUGUAGCUCCGUGGCCUUUCACGCUGUUCAUGAACUUUACAAGAGCAUCUCAUGAGGACACAGUCACUGCUCAUCCACAUCUAGCCUACUAGCAUCAGCGGACAGCUGUGCUCUCUCCGUCUCUCCCUCCUACUCUCUCCCGCCUCCACACACACCAGUUAGAGGAUGGAGCUCCCUCUGUGUUGGUGGUAGUUCAAGACAGACCGUCCUUGGCAAAGCCCUGCGCCUACUGUACUAGCUGAGGUAUUAAGAGUCAGUACAGCAUUAAAAGAAGCAAAGCCUGUAUGUGCAAGACCAGAAAAAAUGGCUUCAAAGACAAUAUCAUAUUGAUAAAUCAGUGUCUCCCACUGCUUCUCUCCAAACUUAACCUGAAGGCAACAUCUUUUAUAUUAUACUUGCAAGAUGUCUGAAAAAACAUACUAGUCGGCACCUGCCUUGCUUUUGUAGCGCAAAUUGCUAAAAGUACAACAAUGCAUGCAUAUGUACUAUAAUAUCUUAGUUGUGUGUUGAAUCUGAAAGCAAGAAAAGCUUCAGAAGCACAUGCGACAUGUUACGUUUUGAUAAGAGCAGUGUCUGGAGAGAAACCUAUUUAGCACUGAUCAUGAAGCUAAGGUAAAACAUGUGUAAGUGUAGUUUACGGACUGUUAUCAAUCUUUUCUGGGUCGACUGUAGUGUAGAAGCAAGCAGUGGUCAGGAUCGAGGUCAGGAUUUACCACCUCCAUUCCUCAGCUUCUCCUCCAACGAUCCCUCAAUGACAAACAGACAGACUAAAGUGCUGUCACAAAUACCAGUCACAGUUUGUCUAUUUUUAUAGCUGAGUGAAGACACUGGGUUUUUCUGUGUGUGUGUGUGUGUGUGUGUGUCUCAAACACACCUGGCAGACCAGCCUCUGUGUUUGUUUGCAUGUGUACACAUGAACGCUCAUCUGCGUGUGUGAACAUGUGUGUGCAUCCUCCUCCUUACAUGUGAUGGGAUGGCUGAGCCUGUUGCCGUCGGUAACAACUUCCAGGAGGCAGGGAGGCUCGCUGUUGUGUCCAACAUUGGAUUGAAACCCAAACUGGGCUGUAGGCUAAUUUUUGGUUUAUUAUUUUAUUAUUGUAAUAUUUAUUAUUACAAGAGUACAGUCUAAUGUGCCUGCACCCCGAGAGGCAGAACAAUAUAUUUUCAUUUCAUUUGGGUCCCAGACUGAAGCUCUGCUGUAUGCCAUCAACCUGGUGACGAUGCCCUGCACCACCCUGUUAGUCCGCAGCAUGCUACAGCAUGCCAAGCUCUCUCUAUCUAUAGUUUGACUCUUUCUUUCUUUCUUCUUUCUUUCUUUCUUUCUUUCCUUCUUUCUUUCUUUCUUUAUGUUUCUGGGAAUUACUCUGUUUUGUUUUUGAGUUAUGUGGAGAAAAUAAUGAAAGUGUUUGAAAGAAAAUUA